ACAGAGAACCACCCAUAUGUAGCUAGUUUUAUUUUUCCCUAUUUUAUAUUAAAUUCUCAUAAGAGAAUUUAAAAUGUCUCAUAAAACAGUUUGGCAUACGACCGGGCGUGUGCACGCAAUCAUUGAUUCCAGGCGUGGAACGGUUUAAAAACCCGAAAAAGUUGGUAUGUACCAUAUAAUAGGUACAGACCUAUAUAUUAUAUAUAGGUGUGCCUUCAAAUUUAAAUUUCCAACUUGUAGCACCCGCAAUUUAAUUUGAAUGUUAUAGUUUAUAUUAUAUACCUGGAUUAUAGCUCAGUACCUAUUCUUGCCAUAGGGCGCGCAGCGAGAGCCCGAGAGGUGUGCACGUAUAACGCUGCAUUUUGCUAUUAUAAGGAUCUAGUUUCUAGUCCAUAUCUACAAACAGGUGAUAGCGAUUAGUAUCGACCAGAGUAUCGAAUUGAAGCUAUAAAUCUAUAAUAGAACCAAUUCAGAGUUCAGAGCGUUAUCAAAAAAUUUUGAGUAGGUAUGUACACUGCGCGUGAAUUGAUCCACGGUAUUGCUACCAAAUCUGACCGUCACAAAAAAACCACAUGGCCAUAGUCAACAAAGGAGGAGUUUUCAUGUAGCUGUCAUAGCGACAGUCGUGGCGACAGUAAUAAUACCGUGGAUCAAUUCACGCGCAGUGUACAUUGUACAUUGGAAAUAGGGAGCAACUUCAGAGAGUUCAACAACAACAACAACAACAACAACAACAACAACAACAACAUCAACGCGCGCUAAGCAAAUUUCUAGAUUAUAUACAACACACUGUGUUAUCGCUGCUGAAAGAUUGACCAAAUUCUCGACUUCGAUUUCGUAUCAUUUCCGUAAUGUAUAAGGAAAGGAUCGUAUAUUAGGAAAAAGCUUAAACGCAGUGAAACUAAGAAAAUUCAAAGCCGAAUGCCACUGGGAAUUAAGCCGGAGUGCGCGAAAUGCGGGACCCGGGAGACUCCGCUCUGGCACGCCACCGACGUUGGCAACCUCUGCAACGGCUGCCUCGAGAAGGACAGGGCUAAAGCAGCCGCUGCUACUGGUGCCCAAGCACCUUCUAGUGCUGCUAAUAAUAAUAACAACAAAGAAGAGGAGCAGCAGGAAUCAAAACCAGCGAGAAAAAGUACUAGGAUUACUAGAUUCAAUGGUAAAACUAUUCCAGGCAAGCCUGGCCAGCAGAUACUCAUCAAGAGUGUGCCCAAGGGCAAGGGACGCAGGCACAUUUUCAAAAAGACGCCUAUGAAAUCACCAGCUGCUACUGCAACUCCUGUGACAAGUAAUUUUGUUUUUUACAAAGGCUCUUAUUUUCAAGUUGGUGAUAUAGUAUCAAUGCAAGAUAUUGAUGGAGGAAUCUACUAUGCUCAAAUCCGAGGUCUACUUACUGAUCAGUAUUGUGAGAAAAGCGCAGCUGUUACUUGGCUCUUGCCUACCACAGCUAGUCCCCCUCCAGAGGAUGGAUUCAGUCCAGAAACAUAUAUUAUUGGACCUGAAGAAGACUUACCACGCAAGUUGGAAUACAUGGAAUUUGUUAUGCACGCACCAUCGGACUAUUACAAGUUGAAAAAUAGUCCUUAUCCUCCUAUACUUGCUGAAGGAGGUCGUGGCUAUGUAUGGACAACUCUAGCAAACGAAGCAAAUAUAAAAAAAUAAUUUGUUUCAACAGUACUAUAGUAUUAUAUUACACAUAUUUGUAUUUUGAACCUAUGUACAAAUAACACUGUGAUGUAAUUUAACUGUAAUAAUACUAGCGGUGAUUUUCCAAGAAUUUUCGAAAAAAAGCUAGCUUUGUUCAUAAUUGUUACAUGACAUUUUAAUGUAGAAUAAUGCACUAAUUUUAUAAAGUAUCCUGAAGAUAUUUUUGCAUUAUAAAUGUAUAACAUUUUAAUUAUAGGUAGCAUAUAAAAAGAAUUGUGUACAUAAUCAUAUACUUAAUGUCAAAGAAAAGAUUGUGACGAUUUAAAAUUUUAUUUUAUUUCAAGCAAGACGAAUUUUUUUUUAUUCAAUAUAAAAUUUAAAUACCUUUUAAAUUUAAUCGUAUAGUCUUUAGUUAAAUGAAAAUUUACACAAUACCUGCAUAUUUUAUUACAACUAGAUUAUUUUUAAUAUAAUUAUAUAUGUAUAUAUAUAUUUUUAAAAAAGUAUAUUUUGUCUUAGAAAGGUUAUGAAUUUGUUAGAUAUAAAUUAAAAGUGCUUGAAUUUUAUUUUAUAUCUACCAUACAAGGAAUUUUAAGACUAUUUGUAGCGGAAUAAGGCGCACGUUUCAAAAGCAUUUUUUUUAAUGGCAUAGAAAAAUAAUUUCACAAAGUUUUUAUAGAUUCUGUAUAGUUAGCAUUGAAGUACUCUGUGACCUGUUUCUUUAUAAAGCAUUGAUUAAUUUGUUCUAUAUAUUGCUAAAAAUUUAUGUGUGCAUUUUUUUCAUAUUCGAAUUUAUAAGAUACACAAAAAAUUUCUCAAAAACCACCUCCAAAAUGCUAUUAAGUCACCACCAGUCUUCAACUUGAUAACGACGAGACAGUGUAUACAACGAAAUGCAUAGUGAAGUGUCACAAACCUUGGGGACAUUCUCAUUGUCUUCAAAAGGAAUUAAAUAAAUUCUUGUGAUUUGAA